GGUGUUUUUCAACGAUUCUCCUCUGGUCACACUAGUCCAAAUGAGAAAAAACAAAUCCGUUCCAUUUGCGAAAAAAAACAUUUCAGAGGAAAAAUAUUAAGCUCCGCUUGCAUUUCGCAUAGUGUCAGCACAUUCCGUUCGCAGUCCGAGGCUCUCUGGAACGAAGGCACUUAUUAUACCCCAUCUGAAAUCGAUUUAAGUCCUACAAUAUGUCAUCUGAGGAGCUGGCGCCAAUUAACGAACAGGACUUCAAGGAUCUGAAGGACCGCAUGAAAUUGAUUGUGGAGGCCGAUCCGAAGCAAUAUCAUAACGACUUCUCACUGCGACGAUAUCUUCGUGCCUUUAAAACCACAGAUGACGCAUUUCAGGCCAUUCUGAAGACAAACAAGUGGCGUGAGACGUACGGAGUGGAGAAGUUGGGCGAGAUGGACCGCAGCCAGCUGGAGAAGAAGGCCCGUCUGCUGCGCCACCGCGACUGCAUUGGCCGUCCGGUGAUUUACAUUCCGGCCAAGAACCAUAGCUCUGAGCGGGACAUCGAUGAGCUGACCCGCUUCAUCGUCUAUAAUCUGGAGGAGGCGUGCAAGAAGUGCUUUGAGGAGGUCACUGACCGCCUCUGCAUCGUCUUCGACCUGGCGGAGUUCAGCACCGGUUGCAUGGAUUACCAGCUUGUCCAAAACCUUAUUUGGUUGCUGGGAAAGCACUUCCCGGAGCGCCUGGGCGUCUGUUUGAUCAUUAAUUCGCCUGGUAUUUUUUCCACAAUCUGGCCGGCCAUUCGUGUGCUUUUGGACGACAAUACCGCCAAAAAGGUGAAAUUUGUGGCGGAUGAAGUGGAACUGUGCCAGUACCUUAUUCCGGACAUCCUGCCAACAGACAUGUAAGGGUGCCCUUACGCCUAAAGCUCCAGUUGGCGUAGACAUAUCUCCAAAGAGAACCGAAACCAGUACCUAAGUUUGCAAGAAGGCUUCUGAGAGCUUUUAUCUAGUGCAGUACUCUAUAAAUCGAUGUUUAACAAGUUGAUUGUAAAAUGUAUUUUAUUGGACACACACUAUUAGUACAAUGCUAACUAUUUUAGAUAAAGGUUUAUCUUGUAUGUGUAGUAUCUAUAUACCUGAAUUCGUACCUAUGUAUACACACAUUAUAUAUGCAAGUGGCUAUGUGUACAGCAAAUAAAGUUGUAAAAGAAUA